AUGUCCAUAGCUCCCUCUGCACCAUGGAUCUUUCUGCUCCUGUUUAUUUCCAUGCCACAAAGCAAAGCUUCUCAGAAGAUAGCCAACAAACCGGCAAAUGUGAGUAAGCCAGCCCUCCGCCACCUCUCAGAUUACUUGUUGACCAACUACAGGAAGGGGGUCCGGCCCGUUCGGAACUGGAGGAAAACCACCAACGUGUCCAUCGAUGUCAUGGUCUACGCCAUUCUGAGUGUGGAUGAAAAAAACCAAGUUCUGACAACAUAUAUCUGGUACAGACAGCACUGGAUUGAUGAAUUUCUGCAAUGGAAUCCGGAGGACUUUGACAACAUCACCCAGAUGUCUGUUCCUACCGAGGCCAUCUGGGUCCCAGAUAUUCUGAUCAAUGAAUUUGUCGAUGUGGGCAAAUCCCCUGACAUUCCCUAUGUCUACAUCCUACAUCAUGGGGAAGUGCGGAACCUGAAGCCCAUCCAGGUAGUAACUGCCUGCAGCCUGGACAUCUACAACUUCCCUUUUGAUGUGCAGAACUGCUCUCUGACCUUCACCAGCUGGCUCCAUAACAUCCGAGAUAUCAACAUUUCCCUGUGGCGGACCCCGGAGGAAGUCAAACAUGACAAGAGUGUCUUCAUGAACCAGGGAGAGUGGGAACUUCUGCAUGUUCUCAGCCAGUUCCGAGAGUUCAGUGUUGGGGACAGUGAUUACUAUGCUGAGAUGAAGUUCUUUGUGGUGAUCCGGAGACGCCCGCUCUUUUAUGCUGUGAGCCUCCUACUCCCUAGUAUCUUCCUCAUGGUCAUGGACAUUGUGGGAUUCUACCUGCCCCCCGACAGUGGGGAGAGGGUCUCAUUCAAGAUCACCUUGCUCCUUGGUUAUUCCGUUUUCCUGAUCAUCGUGUCUGACACGCUGCCUGCCACAGCUAUCGGGACCCCACUUAUAGGGGUCUAUUUUGUGGUCUGCAUGGCCUUGCUGGUCAUCAGCUUGACCGAGACCAUUCUCAUUGUGCGGCUGGUGCACAAGCAGGACCUGCAGCCACACGUUCCUGACUGGGUGAAGCACUGGGUGCUGGAGCGGGCCACCAUCCUGCUCUGUAUCCGAGACAGGAAUGCGUUCUGUCCAGUUCGCACUCAGAGCUCCGACAUCUCCAGGAACAUGGAGAACAAUGACAGCACAGCCAAGCUGAACCACUACAGCUGUGAAAGCACCCGCGAUUACGAGGGAGGAGCAAGCAGUACAACAGUCCGGCCUCCAGGGGAGAGUUCGUUGGUGGUUGAAAAUAUCCUGCAGGAGAUUGCGGCCAUCCGCCAGUUCCUGGAGAAGCGGGACGAGUUCCGUGACAUUGCCCGCGAAUGGUUACAGGUGGGCUAUGUCCUGGACGUACUUCUCUUCCGGGCCUACCUGGUGGCUGUGCUUGCCUACAGCAUCACCUUGGGCACUCUGUGGUCCAUCUGGCAAUACGCCUGAGAGGAACACAUGCAAACACAUACCGGCCACAUUGCUGGGCUUAUGUUUAAGGAGGUGAUUAUGUUUAAUGACUCCUUUUGGAGAUUUUUGGACUCAUUGGCAUGUAUUUUCAUAAUGGAGAUCCAGACUCCGAGGUACUUGUGCUGUUGCUGU